GCCGCCCGCCGCCUGCCCCCGCAGCUGCGAUCCGGACGCUGUGCGCCGCCCGCCGCCCCCCGCACUGUGCACCCGCCGGGCCCGCAGCGGCGGCGAAGACUCGGGCGCGGGCGCAGCGGCCCCGGCAGCCGGCACCAUGGACCUCUCCUUCAUGGCCGCGCAGCUGCCCAUGAUGGGAGGAGCCUUCAUGGACUCGCCCAACGAGGACUUCAGCACCGAGUACUCGCUCUUCAACUCCUCCACCAACAUCCACGCGGCGUCCGGCGGCCAGGGCCCGCCCGAGGAGCCCGCCCGCUCCUCCAACGACGCCAUCCUGCUGUGGAUCGCCGUCAUAGCCACGCUGGGCAACAUCGUGGUGGUGGGCGUGGUGUACGCCUUCACCUUCUGAGGCCGGCUCUGCGGGCGGGGCGGGGCGGGGCGGAGCGCCCAUGGCCCGGGACCAGGAGUGCCCACCGGGCCAGGGCCUCCACCG